AACACGAGUGGCAGUUGCUAUUUGCCCCGGUUGACAGGAGGGACUACAUUAAUACAGUUCUUGGGGUUUUGCUCCUUUAUCACGAUUUUUUUUUUUGAAUUUCAUAAAGCUGUAACAACUAACCGCCCAAUCUUUGAGAUCCUUGAUUUGUGAUCAUCUUCAUUCGGAAGUGAUUCAGUAUUUACCAUUUGACAGGUUUUGUUAAUUUGUCUGUGUUCGUGCUCGUUUUUCAUCCCCACAAUGGACGAGCUUUUCGAUUUGAUCAAAGUGGGUGGUUCGGUGGAUAUCCAGAGAACUGACGGACGAAUUCACUCAGCUGUAGUAUCAGGAAUCAAUACGACAACUCGGAGUGUUACUGUUGAAUGGUUUGAAAGAGGAGAAACCAAAGGAAAAGAGAUUGAACUAGAUGCCAUUUUGGCAUUGAAUCCUGAUUUGAUACCAGCUCAACCCACUGAAAAUGUCCGAACUCUUCCUUCAAAAUUACCAGCACCUUCCCGUCCAUCAGUUGCUAUUGUACCCAAUAACAAGGGUGGUUCCAUUUCUACGCGUUCCACGCGGCAGUCUCAAGCUGCUCACGUCCUUUUAGCUAACCAAAACAAUUUGGCCUUCUCACAAAAUGGACCACAGACAGCUGUAGCCCCUCGCCCAGUUGAAAGUAUGAUGCCUCCUCCUGCUCCCGUUGCAGCUCAACCAGCUCCUUCUGUAGUAGCUCCUCCUGGCGGCACAGUCACUCGCCAGUCUGCUAUGAAUCCUCAAGGGGGUGGAGCAGCUGCUCGUCGGCGAUCAAAUGUUGUCAAAGAAGUGGAACGGCUAGAAAAAAAUCGGGAGGAACGACGAGCACGUCAAGCUGAAAUCAAAGAGGAGAAAAAAGCGCUCAUGAACAUGGAUCCUGGCAACGUAAACUGGGAGUUCCUUUCGAUGAUUAGGGAAUUUCAAGCAACGCUAGAGUUCCGACCAAUUCGAGAUACGGAUGGAGUUGAGGAUCAUCAAAUUACUGUGUGCGUACGUAAAAGGCCACUCAAUAAGAAAGAGCUGGCGCGUAAGGAGGUGGAUGUAAUAACCGUACCCUCCAAGGAUCGGAUCAUAGUCCACGAACCUAAAACCAAGGUCGAUUUAACCAAGUACUUGGAAAAUCAAAAUUUCCGUUUUGAUUAUGCUUUUGACGAUUCGUGCGAUAACGAGAAAGUAUACAAGUACUCUGCCAAGCCGUUGGUUCAGACCAUUUUUGAAGGUGGCAUGGCAACAUGCUUUGCAUACGGACAAACAGGCAGUGGCAAAACGCACACGAUGGGCGGUGACUUCCAGCAGGGUAAAACUCAGGAUUGUAGUACGGGCAUUUAUGCGAAAACAGCUCGAGAUGUCUUCAAACUGCUCAAAAGUCCAAAAUACCGUUCACUUGACCUGGUUGUCUCGGCUAGUUUCUUCGAAAUUUACUCUGGAAAGGUUUUUGAUCUGUUGAACGGAAAAGCUAAGCUGCGAGUACUCGAAGAUGGCAAACAGCAAGUUCAAUUGGUAGGCCUUUGCGAGCGCUCCGUUGAUAGUGUGGAGGAGGUUCUCAAACUGAUUCAGCAUGGUAAUGGAGUGAGAACUUCCGGUUCGACGUCUGCAAACGCACACUCCUCUCGUUCGCACGCUGUGUUUCAAGUCAUUCUCCGACCACGUGCUAGCACUCGUCUUCACGGAAAAUUUUCUCUAGUGGAUUUGGCUGGUAACGAGCGUGGUGCAGACACUUCGUCUGCUAAUCGCCAAACUAGAAUGGAAGGAGCCGAGAUCAAUAAAUCGCUUUUGGCUUUAAAGGAAUGUAUUCGAGCUCUUGGUCGCAAAGGUGCGCAUCUGCCAUUCAGGGCGUCGAAGCUGACGCAGGUCUUGCGCGAUUCUUUCAUUGGCGAAAAAUCGAAAACUUGCAUGAUCGCCAUGAUUAGUCCUGGGCUAAUGUCUUGCGAGCACUCGUUGAAUACGCUGCGAUACGCAGAUCGUGUCAAGGAACUUGCAGCUGAUCCACUGGAUGCUGGAAGCAAGGGGUCUCAAAACGCCGUUGAUGUUGGCACCAUUUCACCUUUAAUCGAAGAAGAUGGACAAGAAGAUGAUCUAGCACAACUUCGAUCCUUGAACGAAGGAGAAUUAUCGGCUGAUUUAUACACAUUCCACGAAGCCGUUUCACAUCUUCAAGAAAUGGAAGAGGACGUUUUAGAUAGUCAUAAACUAGUGUUAGAUCAAAUACCGAAGUGGCAUCAGGCUUGCGCCACUCUUUUGGCAAUGACCAAUGAAGUUGACUACGACGUAGAUGCUUACGUUCAACAAAUGGAAGACAUACUAGCUGAGGCUGGUGAAGGAUUCCUGCGGCUGAAAUCCAAAGUAUCGGUGUUUAGAGCUGAAUUACAAGCAGAGGAGGAAAUGUCACGUAACAUCAAAGAAGCUAAUCCUACUCGCAACGGACGGUUGCAGUAGUGAUUUUCACAGAAAUACCAGUCCAAGACAGAUGAGUGAAUAGCUGAUGGAGAAUUUCAGCGCAAGGCAUUCCAUCAACGGUCGAUAUUAUUUGCCCUACGCCCGGUCGUGGUUUUUUUUUCCCCUCCUUUCUCUGAAAAAUUGGUUUCCCCUUUUUUAGUUGAAUUUAAUUUCUACAUCGGAACUUUCUUUCAUAUUUGUAUGCUUCAAUUGAAAAACAAUGUCAAGUGCAUCAGCAUACUACUGUGAAACCACUACCAUCUCUGCCUUGUGAUAAGCUAUUGACCCUCACUAUCUAUUUCUCCUUCGUCCCCUUAACCUUAUAAACAAAUGCUUGGCUGCUGAGACCAAUUAUGAAAAAUAGUCUCUUCAUAUUUGUCAGUGCUUAUUAACCACCGGAUAUGCCUUUGCUUAGCUGAAUGUUCCACUCAUGCACAUCAUGGAAUAGGAAAAGGUUUUUUGUUCUUCAUUAAAGAAGAAUUCAACUUGUCAAGAAUUUAACCAGACUGUACGGACCGAUCAAACUAUGCGUGAAAGACAGUAACUCCGAUGAUAAUACACGACACAUUUCAUGAA